ACUACGUCAAAUCACGAGGUAGUUAAUGAAUACAUGGCAUAUCGGUGCCAGGUGAGCGUGCUAUCGAUAGGGAAUAAAUGGUAUGUCCGUUUACUUGAAAAAUAGAGUUCAAUUAUGUCGAUCAUUUACAGUCUCAUAGCUCGCGGUACUACAGUUCUAGUCGACUACACAGAAUCUAGUGGCAACUUCCAACAGAUAACAGGUUCAAUUUUGCAAAGGAUUCCCUUGCACGACGAUACUAAAUGCACGUAUGUUUCGGGAAGCUACCAUUUUCAUGUGAUAGUUGAUGAUGGACUCGUAUAUCUUUGUAUGGCGGAUGAGGACUUUGGAAAGAGACAGCCGUAUGCAUUCCUUGAGGAGAUAAAACGAAGAUUUGUUAACAGUUCACUGAAGCAGAGAGCAAUCUCAGCUCAUGCAUAUGAAUUCAGACGAGAUUUUGGACAAGUACUAGUAAGUCAAAUGUCUUUGUACUCUGAUCCUGGAUAUGAUGAGUCAGACCAGAUUUCCAAAGUACGAAGGGAAGUUAAUGAGGUCAAAGAUGUCAUGACUGAAAAUAUAGAAAAAGUUCUUGAACGAGGUGAGAAGAUUGAUGUUCUUGUGGGAAAGGCAGAAGAACUGGAUCAAAGUUCUCAGGUGUUUCACAGACAUUCAAAAAGGUUACGCAGAGAAAUGUGGUGGAAGAACAAGAAGAUGUGCCUAAUUUUGGUUUUUGUAAUAGCCGUUAUAAUUGCAGCAAUAGUAUUGGCCGUUCUUGGUGUUGAAGGAAAACUAAAAUAAUGUGCCACUAUUGAACAAACUUCACAUUUUUAUUGAUUCUACAUACAAUCUGUCGUUAUCUUUCCAGUUUACAGUGUAUGAUUCAAAGUUAUUGAAGUGUGUAGAGCUUUCUUGAUUACUACAAAUUAAAAGAAAUCCUUCUCGGUGUA